UCCUCUCUCUCUCUCUCUCUCUCUCUCUCUCUCUCUCUUGCAUCUCUCUCUUCCUCUAUUUUACAGAGAUCGCCUUUAUCUGUCUUAUUACCACCCCAAGCAAGCAGCUGGUCACCGGAUAUACAGUUGAAGAGCCAUCAAAAUGUUCACUGCUUAUAGGAAAAUUCAGAAAGACAAGGGUCUUGAACCUUCUGAGUUCGAGGAAACAGUUGCUCAGGCAUUCUUUGAUUUGGAAAACAGCAAUCAAGAGCUAAAGAGUGACCUAAAGGAUCUCUUCAUUAAUUCUGCAACUCAAGUUGAUGUAUCUGGGAAUCGGAAGGCCGUGGUGAUCCAUGUGCCCUACAGAUUGAGGAAGGCUUUCCGCAAGAUACAUGUGAGGCUCGUUAGAGAGCUGGAAAAGAAGUUCAGUGGGAAGGAUGUUAUUGUGAUUGCAACAAGGAGGAUCAUGAGGCCACCCAAGAAGGGUUCUGCAGUCCAAAGGCCUCGCAGUCGCACAUUGACUGCUGUGCAUGAUGCCAUGUUGGAGGAUGUUGUUUAUCCGGCAGAGAUUGUCGGAAAACGCAUCAGGUAUCGACUUGAUGGAUCCAAGAUCAUGAAGGUUUAUCUGGACCCUAAGGAGAGAAACAACACAGAGUACAAGCUUGAGACAUUCAGCGGAGUUUACCGGAAGCUUUCCGGAAAGGAUGUUGUCUUUGAGUAUCCUGUGACUGAGUCAGCUUAAAUGGUGUUUGGCAGCAAUGCGUUCCCUUAUUUAAUUUUCAUUCUUCUGUUUUGGCACAAAACUGAAUUGUUAUGGAGAGUUGAAUUUUGGGGUUGAGACGCUUAGGAAUUUUGUAAGUGUUUUUUUUACUCAUGAAUAGGUAAAAUCAUAGCUGUUUUCACUU